AAAGAUUAUCUCGCCGCUGUCGUCGGCUUGCGCGAUUGCAAACGAUAUUUGACUUGCGCUAUUUACGGGUUUCGCACCGCGAAUAAAACUGAAGGUCUCUUUCGCGGUAAAGCUGCGGCGGUGGCUUCACAACGGAUCGGCGGGCCACCGAGUGACGAGAAAAUCGUGGGCCCGCCCCGAAACGGGUCGAUGAUACGGAGCCGUCGGCGACAGCACGGAGCGCGCUGCGCUUUGCCACUGCAACGUGCAUUCUGCUACAGGACGUUUCGUAGGGCACCUCUGGCUUGCAACACUUCGUCGUCGCGCGCGUACGCGAGUCUCCGAAUGCUUGAGCAACGCAGGAAGUCGGCGUAACCGCUACGUCCUUCGGCACAAGCUCAUCUUAACGUGUACGCUGUGCUCGUGUCCACGAGUGGUGCAAGAGUAAAGAGCAUCGGCCAUGACAGUGACAUACACGGCUGAGGUGGCCACGUCCAGAGGAUUCGGCUGCUUCUGGAGAUUGCUUCUCAGGUGGCGGGGCAGCAUCUACAAGCUGGUGUGGCCGGACCUAUGCGUCUACUUGCUCGCCUACUAUGUGCUCAACCUGCUCUACAGAUUCGCCCUCAGUGAUGACAACAAACUUUUCUUCGAGCAGGUGUGCGUCUACUGCGGCAACUUCGCCGACCUGAUCCCGGUGUCGUUCGUGCUCGGAUUCUACGUGUCGGUGGUGGUCAAGCGCUGGUGGGACUGCUUCUCCGCCAUCCCGUGGCCCGACUCGCUCGCGUUCUUCGUCAGCACUUUCCUGCACGGACAGGACGAACGCGGUCGGCUGAUGCGUCGCACCAUCAUGCGCUACGCCAACCUGUCGUCCAUCAUCACCCUGCGCUGCAUCAGCCCGCCCGUCAAGAAGCGCUUCCCGACGCUGGACCACCUCGUCGAUGCCGGCCUGCUGCUAGGCAACGAGCGGGAGGUGUUCGAGCAGCUGAAGACCAACCACUCGACGUACUGGAUGCCCCUGGUCUGGGCCUCAAGCAUCGCCUCGCGGGCACGCAAGGAGGGGCGCAUACGGGACGACUUCGCGCUCAAAACAGUCGUAGACGAGAUCGCCCGCUACCGAGGCAACUGCGGCAGCCUGUUCAACUAUGACUGGAUUAGUAUACCUCUCGUCUACACUCAGGUGACGACUCUAGCCGUGUACACGUUCUUCCUGGCGACGCUGUUCGGCAGCCAGGGCCUGAACCCGGAGGCUGGCUACAAGGGUCACGAGAUCGACCUUUACGUUCCGAUAUUCAACUUCCUGCGCUUCUCCUUCUACAUGGGUUGGCUUAAGGUUGCAGAGACACUGGUGAAUCCCUUCGGUGAAGAUGACGACGACUUCGAGAUGAACUAUGUCAUCGACCGAAAUAUUCAGGUAUCUUAUCUCGUGGUGGACGAGAUGCACCAGAACCAUCCGGAGCUGCUCAAGGACCAGUACUGGAACGAAGUGCUCGCGCCAGAACUUCCUUACACGCUGGCAUCGAGCCGAUUCUACUGCUUUCCUCACCAGGGCUCGACCGCGUGCAUGAUCAUUCCACCUGGACAGGCAAGCGUGGUUUCUCGGGACAAGCUGGCGGGGACGCCUCAAAGGAUCGACAAAAAUCAGGGCCCCGAGGACGAAGAGGGUCGUUCGGCGUCACGCGGCCGCCCAGUGCCCAAACCCGGCACCGUGUCUCGAGGUGGCAGCAUGGCCGCUCCGCCUUGGAGAUGGCCGACCGCGCCCAGCUGGGCGGGAAGGCUGAGCAGGCUCAUCGGAAGGAGGGACUCGUCCACCACACGGGCGUCCGAGGCGCCCUCUAUGCGGAGUGACUGCGACAGCGACCGGACGACCGAGAGGAGAGCGCCCUUCUCGCCAGAGGCAGGCUCGAUCAACAGCCGGGCAUCUACGGCGCCCGCUUCGCCACGGCCCCUCUCAGCUGAUCAGGAGGAGGACAUAUUUCGCUUGUCGGAUCUCUUCUUGGCUGGCUCUCGGGCUCAAUCGUCACCAAGGGAGCCUUCCCGGCGUGCAUCGCGAGAGGGUUCGACCACGGCAGUUAGUCCUGGCGUGAACGAGGCGCUGGACUUGUCCAGUGGCAACGAGGGAAAUAUAGCGCGAUCUUCGUCGACUGAGCCAUCCACAGUACUCUACAUGGAUGCCGGCUCGUCGGCUGACGAAGGCCAAGAGCAUAGCGAUCUCGAAGAGGACCCGCGGACUCCCUCGGCCGACACGCCACACACUGAAAACGCAAACAACGGCUCGUCCAGCCUCUCCACGACGCUGUCCAAGGCGAUGCCCAUUCCGUCCUCGGGACCACCGAGGUCUCUCGGUCACGGCGGGUACGCUGCCACGCACUCCGGAAGGGACCACGUUCGAUCGGGCCGGCCGAGGCGCUCGACUUCCCUGGACCGACCGUCAAUGCCUGGGGACAUUUACGAACUCAAAAAGAGGCUCAGGCAGCAUGUGGGGCCUGUCGCUAUGCCCGGCAGGGAAUCUGUACAAGACAGGUCGCGGGCCCACAUUGCAGGCACCCACGUUUAGCGCAUGCUCGCUCGUAGCUAGGAGUACGUCUUGCGAAGCGUUUUCAUUUGCGAGCGCUUUUUUACUGCGAACAGUAGCUACGACGUAGGAAAUAUGAGCUCAUUGUGCUCCAUCAGCCGCCACUCUUGGUGUCCGGGACGGCACGGUGUAAUUCUGUAAAGGCCGAGACCCAUAUGACGUUGCUGCCGGCGUCGGCUGGCGCUGCGUUUGUGAGCGUGGACGCGGAGCGAGAUGACAAGCCGAAAGGACAAUGAGGGGAUAUGCCAUAUCUCGGCGCCAGGGUGUUUAUCGGGCCAGCAAAUAGCAUUAUCAGCGUUUAUAUGAAUGCGGAAGUAGCGCAUUGCAUUUCGUGGGUCAUCGCAGUAUUGCCGUGCAGACGGCGUUUAUAUGCGGCCUUUCCGCUUCGUUCGAAACAAGCCCGAACCUGUUUUUCGGCGAGUGCGAUUGGCUUAUGAGUGGAAGAGAACACACACCGAGCGCCGUCUCACUUUUUUUUUUCUCUGUCCAUCAAUGCGACCCACCAGCAAUGCAUCGCCGCUGGGGACUGGCGUGUCUGGAAAAUACACUUUGCUGGCGCAUUAAAGCGAUUCGCCCUCCAAGAGCCUUACUGCUGUUUACAUUGUUGCGAUGCGCUGGAAAUGCAAUGCGAUGCGCCAUUCGUCGCGUAUAUGUGAACGCGGCUGUUGGGUCAGUCGGCGUCGACGCGUAGGAACGCGACAAGCUGCCAGGUAUCUCCACCGGCGCCGAGGUAUUACAUGUCCGGCCAGCUCAUUAUCUGACCUUACCGGUUCAGGCCUCGGCGUCACGUCUUAGUGUCUCGCUCCGCGUCGGCGCCGGUGCAAACGUUGAAUGUGGGUUGGGCUCGGAGCAACUGACCUGGGAUGACAACGAAGACCGUGCGUUUUCACGCUCAGCGUUCUAACCUGAAUGACACAGCCACAUUGCACAAACGCGCUUGUAAGCGCACAUGGUUUUCCUUCGGGCUCAUCUAGUGCAAGGUGAGUGGGAUAUUCUGUGAUUCAUUAUUGUGAGCGCACAGCAUGAAGGCGAAUCCAGAACGUAGACAGUCAAGCAUGUCUACGUCCUCGUUUUGCGUUUUUUGCUGCAUACACACGAUAAUGGAUCAUCAUUUCGCCAUAUCAGACAGUUAGCCAGGGACUCGGUGCGUGAAACGGUGGUCAACGUCCGUUAUGACACGUUCUUCCUUCGCUGAGUGGCCUUCGAAAUGCGCUUUAGUAAGCCGUCCUCGUGGCGUCGAGCUGGCUAUGAGUGGCAGGUUCGUGAAGUUAAUACGCGAAAGGAAGAAAGCAAGAUAAAUGCGCCGUGACAAAAUUUGAGUUCAGUAAAAUUUAGCUCAUUAGAGGCCUGGCGACCAGAGGAUGUCGUGCAUGUUUCGCUUAUAAAUCGAUGGCAUUGAGCAUGCGAUUUCCUGUUUCAGUGUACUCUUUUCCAUUUCCACCGCAACUCGCCGCCUGCUGUUGCUUUGAUUGGCUUGCGUAGCGGAGAAUGUUUCAACGCCGGCCAAUCAACGCUUUGGACCCUGUUACUGGCAAGUAGACUCGUUAAAGAAAGUCCUUAGAGCGUUGAAGGGUAAAAAGGAUGGCGGCGAGACAAACGGAUGACGCUACGUUCACACUACGCACGGGCCUGACGCGCGGUUACUGUUCAGUUGAAAUUCAAUGGUUCCGUAUUAUGCGGUAAGCUUCUGAGCAUUGUCUAGGAGUGCGGCUGACAACAUAGUUCUAUGUGUUAUAGUGGAAGGCGGAGGUGUCCGCUCGGUCUUGUGGGAGUUUGUAAACGUACAGUAGAAUCUCGGACUUAUAGCUGUUGUUCGCAGUAAUUAAGUUAAAAAAGCCCAGGAUUGAUGGAAUUGGUUGACCCAUUUCGUCGUGGGCUGCUCCGCCGGUUGUCAUAUCACAUUCUCCAUCAAUUAGGUAGUGGUUUAUUAUUGUUUUCUUGUCCGGAAUUGUUGUUCUCGUGUCAAAAUAGUGAGGCUUAAUUAGUGUACGCCAUCACAGACUUGCGCUUUUCGUAUUCCAUGACAUCAUCCACAAGAAGGAAAAGCCUAUUAACAUAUAUUAGGCCCAAAUUAACGGCCUAGAAACGGUAGGUACUACGUUUAGAGGCAACGACUACUUAGUGUUUAGGAAAGCUUAAAGGUUCACAGUUAGCAGUUUUCUUCAACGAAAGGGACAGGAGUUCACUGUUUGGCAGACACUGAAUCAUUGCCAGUUGAGGGCUCUCAUUCUUCACCUCGGCUGGAAUUUACACACCGUGGGGACGUUCUAAUUGCAAAGUACCGCUACACUUGCGAUAUACACGGCAAAAUUCUAUCCAUGGAAACCCCCCUUCCAGACUCUCAAAUUGCUUUUACUACACGGGAAAUUUGAUAAAAGCGUUUGAUCUCGAUUAGCGACUAAGGGGUGGUCGGUGGCACGCGACUGUCAGAUGUGUCGUCAGAAAAAAACGAUCCCACACGUACUAACGCCGACGUUUAAUAGGAGCACUACUGCUUGGAGCCAUAAUAAUGUGAUGAGCGUAUACUCGAUGGCAUCUACCACUAGUAAAACACCGUAUUCAGAUCACGGGGAAGCAGUAUUAGUUAAUAAGGGGAAGCCGUGCCUCUGUGUCAAGUCCAAUUUGCCUAUUCGAAUACAUGUAAACGAAGAAAUACCCUUGCUACAGAACCGCGAGACAGUUCUGAAUGAAAUUUGACGACAAAAGAAAAGGCUAAGUUUAUAGCAACUUAAACGGGCGAUAAGAGAAAAAAAGCUUGAUUGAAGGCCACAAAAUUUUUCUCAUGAAAUUGCGGGAAAUUCAUAACAUCAAAUGAGUUUAAACUGAAGAACAAAAUUAAAGAUUCUGAUCUCAGUAGCAAAAGAAAUAUCGGUUUGUCCACUUCAUCAGUUACAGCAUCUGAAGAGAACAAAUAUGUUACAUAAAAUUGCAUCCUAUGUGGAAUUAUUGCUGUGUUCACAAGGGUACUGCAAAAUCUUUACUCGAAAAACAGUGACAUAAUAAUGAUGGGCGUUAAAUAUAGAAUGUUUAUCUCACAUGUUUCCAUAGCUGUAGUUUACGAAACUGUGGCAUUUUUUUAAUUUGGUAGUUCAAGUUGUAAACAUGAUGCUGAAGUUCCAUGGCCUUUUUGAAGAUUUUGUGUAACAAGACCAUCGACGAAAUCACCAAUUCACUCGAUACUGUUGGCAGAUAUGAAUUUUCGCCUUCAGGUGCAAUAAAUCUCAUCAAAUUUGGCGCAGUGGCUGCCGAGAACAACUUUCUCGCUGCAAUGUAUUUAGAUAGGCGCUCCCGACGCAAAAGCGUCUUCUUAAGCACAGUGCCCGUUACGUUGGUGUAGAACAAUCCUUUAGUAUUUUUCAUGGGGCGCAACGCUCUGUCGAUCCCAGGCUCUGCAGAUGACCCUACACAAUAGCAGCAUUCCAGAAAGAACCAUUUAUUCAGUUGGCUCACAAACUCUGGAAGAGGUUUACAUGAGGGGAUGGCUUUACUGAACAGAAGCUCCAACAAAAAUGUUGGAGUAAGAGAAAAAAAAUAACACAAGUGUCCCUGAGGCAAAAAAAAAAGUGUAUUGCAACAACUAUAGCUAUAGAUUUCUAGUUAGGUAGAAGUCAAUACGAAAGUCUUUUCUUGCGCACUUACGAAAUGUUGGUUGUCUUAUUACAUUUCAUUAAGGGUUUCAGAAGAGAGUCUUCCUAUUUUCCUUACAGUACGGUUUACUCACUCCUUUCUGAGCUUCCGGGAUUUCAGAGAGUAAAGACUGAUUAAAAAAAAAAACUAAAUUGGUAGGCGCGCACUGAAUGCGACGAAAUAUUUUGGAGGCGCUGUGGAACAAUGAUUUAUCGAUUGGGGGGGUUUAAUGUUCCUCAGCAAUAAAGGCAAUGAGGAGCGGUGUAGUGACUGGCUCCUUAUGUUGAAGAACCUGGGGUUCUUAGACACACCUCCAAAAAACAGCGUAUGAGUAUUUUUGCGAACUGUCCAAAGUGGAGUGCGGAAUGCAAUAAAAAAAAGCCUGGAACAGUUUCCUCGGUGUCUUCAUGUGUGAUACACCGUGCAGGUCGUUUUGUGUACAGCAUUUUAGACUCCACCAACUGCACUCGGUUAGCUGUGUCGCCUCAUUGAUAACGUAGUGAUUCUAUGCUGCAUAUCGUAGGUGUAUAGAAAACUGGACGCUGUACGGUAUUGGAACUACUUCACGUUUUUGUCUCUCUGUCUUGGAAAUACACAUACACGCACGCAAACACCUACCGACGCACCGAGUCGCGCGUGCACGGAUAUACUCUAUUUUCGCAGAGCCAGCAUUCUGCAGUUGCUUCAGUUUCGUAUCACAUUUGCGAGCACAACUUGUCGAAGUUGCGGAAGUUUAGUUCACAAUAACGCCGACGUGCGCGUCAUGUGCGGCAGCGACACUAUGUAACAUUGUCAGUUUUAGUGACCGACGCGUUCCGCCAUAUAAAUUACAGAUGGCGCCACGCUUUCGUCGCAGCGAAAUCGAGAACUUCGUGCGGCGUCGGCGCCGACGAAGUGAACAUCCACUUUAUUGUGAAUAAAAGAGACAGGUGAUGCUCGCAAAUGUGAUAAUAAAGUGAAGCGACUGCAAGAUGCUACUUAUUGCAAAAUUUGAGCGGGAAUCAGCCAGUGGUGUAGCCUGAAGCGUCAUGUACACGGUCACAGUCUUAAUUACGCAACAUUGAGUACGCACGAGACUUUUUGGUUUUCGCUGGUAUAGUUUCUCCCUGAAUUGUGUAGACUUCUGGCGAGUUUCCUUUGGCGUAGGCGUGAAAAGCGCCUCUGCGAAUAUGUUGCUGAGGCAAGGACGGUGGCGGUACUCCGAAACGAACAACAGAUUGCGCAUGGCCUGAAACUGCGCCCAACGCAAAAGCGCUUGUUCUCAAAAUUCAAAGCGCCACAGUUUUACGUUGUUCUCCACGUAGCGCAGGCUCUCACAGCGGAGUUUUGCUGGUUUUACGCGCGUCUCCGAGCACAAGUUGUAGUACUGGUCGCAUAGUUUUCUGGGCAAACCAGCACGGCCUUCACUUUACAACAAAACAACAUUCACGGUGUGUGUGUAUCAUUACACAAUGAGGUAGUCCCGACUCCACACGUCCAAUAGCUCUAGCAUGGGCUUGUAGAGGAUCUCGUAGACGUGGAAGCCGAGCACGAAGUCCAGGUGGGAGAAGUUCGGGUCGGGAACUAUGUAGUCGUAGACCAGCACGUGCCGGAGGUUGGCACGGAGAGCAGCCACGUCUUCGGGAGGCGCCAGGUAGUCGGCGAGGCUGGAGAACAUGGCCACAGGUACCCUGACGUUUGACAAGUCAUAUGUUGGUGCGACGGGCUGCGGCGAAAAAAAAAAAGAAAAGAGAGCAAUAUUUCCCGGUUGUGUGUAUAAGAUGCUUAGGGCAACUGUGUGUGCAACAGUGAGUCAUAGAAUCCGCGAAAAAGGCAUCAACUGCACCAAAAUGAUGCAGAGCCAGGACACACGAUAAAUUGGGAAGCCAGUGAGAUCAUCGCCAUCGAGAGAAAUUUCUGUCUAGAAGUCUUCAUUUGGCAUGAUACGUCAUUAACACUAUACCGUCCUAAGCCUUACUACAUGACUUCAAAUCCGUUCAUUUUUACUUGUUUGCAGUUGACACGAAACUUUUCAUGUUGUUGAAGCGACGAACUGUUAUCAAUUUUCCGUGAUUGCUGGUCAGUGUGGGUAAAAUUUAGUAGGAGGGGCGAUAUUGGAGACAAAACACGGCCCUUCUGGACUCGAAGAAAAAAAUUAAACAAAUUCUCCAAGCCCCACAGGAACAUAAAAAGGUACUUACCGACAUCAAACGCGACCAAAGUUCGCUUCUCAGGGAGUAACAGAAAAUGGCAGCGUAAUAAACAAAUUGAGGAGAGGUUAUCUGACAUUUAGUCAUCCCUCCCAAAAAUGGCCGAAGCACAAGAUGCGGUUUCUGAUUUAACUGAGUAAGUAACUGGACUCUCUAGAAAGAUCGAUGACAAUCGAAGAUUGAAUGGCAGGAUAGGCUGACACCCUUUCACCACUUGUACGUGUCACUUCAUCACAUGAUCGCAUUCUCUGUAUACUGAAUCACUUGUUGAAAAAAAUAAACCAGUUGUUAGUCUGCG